AUGACCCUGUCCGAUAUCUUUCCCAUUCCCGGGGUAAAACAUGGAGAGCGCAUUCUCGUUUCAGUCGUUGAGAACAGAGCCAGCGAUGAUGCAGGCAACCCGUGGGUCUCCGUCCCUGUGGAUGACCAGGACUUGUCCCAGGGCUUCAAGGACAUCAGUUUCCGACAAAUCUCCCCCGAAACCUCCGAACCAUUCCAAUGUGUUGCCUAUGCCGGCCCUAAGGAUCUCCGCUAUCCGAUCCUUGCCCUUGCCGCUGCAAAGCUGCAAAAGGUGUUGGUACUCCCUUCGCCACUUAUUACACCCGAGGCGCAGAAGAGAAUCCUUGAAGCCAAGAGCUGUGCUCUGUACCUGCGCCCGUCUUCUUUGGAAACGCAUGUCGGCACCGUACUGAAGCAGGCACCUCAUAUCCAAGCUAUCACCGUCCCCGAAAUCCAUGAGUUCAUGAAGGAGACGGAAGCUCCCGUAUAUACCUACCCCAAGUCCUGGGAAGAAGGGAAAGACGAUCCUUGGCUUGUCUUCCACACAUCAGGGACGACAGGUUAUCCGAAGCCACUGACAUAUACUCAUGAAAUGAUGGCUGUCGCCGAUAUGGUAGCGGCAACUCCGGACCUCGAACAAUGUUUCGCCCACCACUUUGCCAAAGAGCGAUUGUACACCCCGCUGCCAUCCUUACAUCUCGUUGGAAUGAUUUUGGUGCUAGCUUCGACCUCGUUCGUCCAUACAACCCUAGUCAUUGGUCCGCCAACGAUGCCAACCCCAGAGACCGUCAUGGAUAUUCUGAGAUAUGGACAAGUCAAAGUUGCCCUGUUGACGCCCGCUGUUAUCGAGGAGCUCUGCUUGACACCCACUGGCAUCAAUGCGCUGCGAAACCUAAAAUCAGUCCAUUACGCCGGCGCACCCUUAUCAGCCAAGGCAGGGGAUAUGUUGAUCUCUCAUACCCAGGUUGUGCCUACUAUCGGCAGCACAGAGUCCGGCGGAUACCUUACAUCAGUUCAUGAUAAGAAGGAGGCAUGGGAUUACGUUAGUUUCCAGAAGCACGCUGGAGCCGUUUUCGAGCACCGCUUUGACGAUCUCUACGAACUUGUCUUUGUCCGCCAACCUGAUUCUAAACUACAGUCUAUUUUCCGACUGUAUCCGGAUCUUGAUCGUUACCGGACUUCUGAUCUGUGGAUCGAACAUCCAGAGCAUAAGGGUCUGUGGAAGAUCGUCGGUCGCAGUGAUGACCAUGUGAGCUUCUCCCACGGAGAGGGCUUGUAUGCUUCGCGUCUUGAACCUGAGAUUGAAGUUCAUCCCGCCGUCAAGUCGGCCUUGAUUGGUGGGCAUGGUCAUUCAGCACCGGUGCUACUUAUUGAGUUAUAUCCUGGAGCAGUCGAGGAGGAUUCGCUGGAUCAAUUCCUUGAUUCACUGCGGCCGAACAUUGAAAAGGUUAAUGCUCAGGUUCACGACUGUGUGAAACUUUCUACCGAUCGAAUUAUCAUUGCGACGAAAGAAAAGCCGUUUAUUCGAACGGUUAAGGGAGUGUUGGAAGGAUGCAAACUUUGA